UGUUUGUGGACACGCAUGCACAGGGAGAACAUGGAAACUUCAUGCAGAAAGACCCCCGGCCUGGAGUCGAACCUUCUUGCUGCAAGGCAACAGUGCUACCAACUGCGCCACCGUGCAGCCUCCGUGAUAAGAAUAUCGUUUUGCAAAUCUUGCCUCAUAGGAUCACAUCAGUGGUAUAUUGUUUUUUUUAUGUCUCAGGAAAGCAGUUUUCAAGAAAAAAAAAAAGAACAUUAUUUACUUAAUGGAGUAAUCUCCAAGGUGGUCGGCAUUUGUAUCACAUUUUGUUUUUGAAGAUGACUUGAGAAAGUUCAAACCAAGUUUUAGAAUUGGCAAAUCAGAUAAUCAGAUUUAGGUGACUUUGAAUGUUGCAAGAUUGUUCAUUCCAGACAGGCUGCUGUGAGUGUUUCAUAAAAAGCUGAUAUGCUGGAUUCUUAUACCUUAUCAGUUGUCAGGUUUACAGAGAAUAGCCUAAAAAAGGGAAGAUAUCUCGUGCAACGUAGUUGGGGGGAUAAUUUUUGAUGUCAGAGGCCAGAGAUGUUGAUAGAAAGGCUACAGUAGUAUAUUUUCUGGUAUACUGUGGGCACCUAAGCAUCAACUGAGCAUUCUUUAAAUGCUGCAGCCUACCUGAGUAUUGGUGCUGAAUAUGUCAAUCCCUUUUUGCCCAGAGUGCACCUAUGGUUACUCAGAACAUGAUAAUUCACCAUAUCAUAAAGCUUAAAUCACCCAAACUGGUUUUGUAAAAAUGACAGUGAAGCCACUGUUGUUCAAUGGCCUUCACAGUAACCAUAUCUCUAAUGGCACCUUUGUGACAUGUGGAACACCAGAUUCGCAUCUCAGAUGUGCAGCCGAUAAAUCUGUAGUGACUGUCUGAUGCUUUCAUUAAAUUUUACUUCAAGUGUUCCCUCUUUUGUAUAUUGCAGUUUAUACCACAAUUUUGCUCAGAAAUAUAAUGCAAGGGAAAUAUCCAGUAAAAACUGUGUUUUAUUUCUGAGGCAAUUAUUUGCUGUUUUUCAGUAUGGUGUCUAUUUAUAAAAACUAAAAUAUAUGAUUCAACAAUAGGUGAUUUAGUGAAUAUGAGAAGUGAAAAAAAUGCUUGACACUCAGGUACAAAUGAAAUUAUUUCGGAAGUUAAGAGAAAAGAUCAAUGUGUUUGUGAUGAUGUGCUGACAAAACAAACAUUUGUUGAAGAUAACUUUCAGGGUGCAAAGACCAUAUAAAGGUUAUUGUGACCCAAAGCGCAAUGUCAUGUUGUUAUCUAAAUCAAUGACCUGAUCUAAUAAGACAAAUGUUCCCCCUUGUACUAACACACUACAGAUUUUUUUUUUCCCAAGGGGUGGAGUCUAAACAGCAAAGUGCCUGGUAAGACAUAAAUGCAAUGGAAGUCAGAAAGUUGACACUUGGGGACUAACCAGACCCGACAGCUGUGAGGUCAUGGCAAGUCACUGGAGUUUCACCUGUUGGGCAGCACUGGCUCUACUAUGCUGCUUAACUGGGAAAGAAGCAGAGGCUCAAAAGGGUUACCCUCAGGAUCCUGGGCAUGUUUCACCGCCGCAUUUUCCUCUCCCUCAAAAGCCUUCAUACCCCCAUGUACCUCAAAUGCCUACAUACCCCGAGGUACCUCAAAUGCCUUUGUACCCACAGCCACCUCAAAAACCUUCGUACCCUCAGCAACCUCAAACGCCUUCGUUCCCCCAGGUACCUCAAACGCCUUCACACCCCCAAGUACCUCAAAAGCUUUCGGACCCCCAGCAUCCUCAAAAACCUUUGUACCCCCCUGUACCUCCAAAGGACCCCCCGAAAGUGCAAUGGGACGAUUCAAAGCCUCAGUACCCUCAGCCUCAAUGGCCUCAGCCUCAGUAUCCUCAGCCCCAGUAUCCUCAGCCCCAGUAUCCUCAGCCUCAGUAUCCUCAGCCCCAGUAUCCUCAGCCUCAGUAUCCUCAGCCCCAGUAUCCUCAGCCUCAGUAUCCUCAGCCCCAGUAUCCUCAGCCCCAGUAUCCUCAGCCUCAGUAUCCUCAUCCCCAGUAUCCUCAGCCCCAGUAUCCUCAGCCCCAAAAGCCUCCAAAGCCUCUGGACCCUCAGCCCCAUUAUCCUGUGGCCCAAACACCUUCUAAGCCCCAGGAUCUUGGGACAAAAAUCCAUCCAAAACAACAGUGGGAUGAUACAAAGACUCCAAACCCUCAACCUCAAGCACCUAAUGUCCCUUCCAAGACACCACAAACCCCUGGAAUUCCCACCCCUAAAAGUUGUGACGUGGAAAGAGCUUCAAGAGUCCCAUGUGGAGUUUCUGACAUCUCUGCUACUGAAUGUGCUGCCAGGGACUGCUGCUUUGAUGGCCAGUCAUGCUACUUUGGAAAAGGAGUGACAGUUCAGUGUACCAAGGAUGGCUACUUUAUUGUUGUUGUGGCCAAAGACAUCACCCUGCCCCACAUUGACCUUGAAACAAUCUCACUGUUGGGAGGAGGUCAUGGCUGUACACACGUCGACUCUAAUUCACUUUUUGCUAUCUACUUCUUUCCUAUUACUGCUUGUGGCACUGUUGUCAUGGAGGAGCCUGGUGUAAUAAUCUAUGAGAACCGGAUGACCUCUUCAUUUGAAGUGGGUGUUGGGCCUCUGGGUGCCAUUACAAGGGACAGCAGCUAUGAAUUGCUAUUCCAGUGUAGGUACAUUGGGACCUCAGUGGAAACUGUAGUGGUUGAAUUGCUGCCAUUAGACAAUCCUCCUUUAUCAAUUGCUGCUCUUGGACCCAUCAGAGUGGCCUUGAGGUUGGCUAAUGGCCAUUGCUUAACAAAGGGUUGCAACGAAGUGGAUGCAGCAUACACAUCUUACUAUCUGGACUCAGACUAUCCAGUUACCAAAGUACUGAGAGAUCCAGUGUAUGUGGAAGUUCUGCUGCUUGAAAAGACAGAUCCUGCACUGGUUCUGACUCUUGGACGCUGUUGGGCAACCACAGACGCCAACCCUCACAGCCUGCCCCAGUGGGACAUUCUGAUUGAUGGAUGUCCAUACGUGGAUGAUCGUUACCUCUCCUCACUGGUUCCAGUGGAUGCCUCAUCUGGUCUGAACUUUCCUACUCACUACCAGCGUUUCAUUUUCAAAAUGUUUACCUUUGUAGACACCAAGUCAAUGGAGCCCCUAAAGGAAAACGUGUACAUUCACUGUAGCACAGCUGUGUGUGUGUCAGGCCUGGGUGUAAGCUGUGAACCAUCAUGCAACAGAAAAGAAAAGAGAGACACCGAGGCUGCACAGCAGAGGAAAGCUGAACCAAAGAUUGUGGUUUCGUCUGGAGAAGUGAUCAUGAUCGCUCCACAGGAGUAAACAGAGACAAGCUCAGGAAUUCACUCGGGAAUAUUUAGACAAAAAACUUAACAUGGUUAGCAUGGUUGCUGAACAGUAAAUAAAAAUGUCACUGUAUAUAUUUUUAAGUGAUAUAUAGUCACACAAUACAUAACCAGCAUUUGAUUUAGUUUUGAAGAUAGGAUGAUUGGUUCAUUUUAGUCCUUCAUACAAAGUUGUUAACUUGACAUGUUUAAGACUGAAUUUAGUGAUCUUAUUGUGCUAGUUUACAUUGUUUUACAAAUGCUUUACCAGUUAGCUAACUGUGAAUCUAAAUAACUUUAUAAAAAAUUCUCCAAACAUGUCGAAGAACACAUGGCUUUUGUUAAACUGCAUAGCAGACGCUUAUUACUGAGUAUUCCAACUUUAAACAAUAGUUUAUAACUUCUGUAGACAAAAUGCAUGAAUUAAAAUGUAAAAAGAAA